AUGUCAGCACAAGGCGCCUUCCACCGUCUCCUCUCCUUCUUCGCAGCCCGCUCACCCCGCCCAAACACCUCGACAAUAACCUUUAUGGACUCUCUUCGCGGCGACCUCUCCUUAGGCCUCAACUUCCCCGUUGCCGUCUUCCUGGCCACAGUCCGUCAUCUCGUAUUCCGCAACACUGGCUUCUGGUCUUUAACCAUCUAUGUCCCCACCGUUCGCACAAGUCGCAAACUGCUCGGCGGCCCUUCUGCAUGCANNAAAGACUUGGACGAGAGUAAAAGAUAUGGAUGUGGAGAGCUAGUAACAUUGGCAAAGAACGAUGGCGUUGUCGCUCAGGCUGACGCUGUGGGUUUGUGGAUGCUUGCUGCCGAGAAGGACGGCAAGGUCAAGGGAGAGGAGGUGAGGUUGUUCCAACGCGGUGAGAUUAUGGAGAGAAUUGCUUCUCGCAGAAGAGGCUUGGAUAACGUGUUGCCCUUCUGGAGGGGUGGGCCACUAAUGUGA